GCCUCGGCUCCCCGCCGUUGCCGAAGGCCGCAGCCGCUCCGAGGAACGUUUCUCAGAGCUGGGCGGUGCCCGGCCCCUCAGGUGAGGGGGCGGUGCCGCCAUCGGCCCACGGGGAGCGGGGCGGCGCGGCGCGGCGGCCUCAUAGGCGGCGGCCGAGCGGCGGCUCCGCCCUGCCCGGCCAUGGACUACGCGGGGCUGGCUGAGGCGGCGGCCGAGAAGAUGGGGCUCUACCGGCGGGACCCCGGCGGCUGGCGGGGCUGCCGGCGCACGAGCGAGGUUUCGGUUUCCUGGAGACCCUCCGCGGAAUUUGCUGGCAACGUGUACAGGGGAGAGGGGAUCCUGCCGGCCAGCCCCCGCCGUGUCUGGGAGUGCAUAAAGCCGGUGGCCGGCGGGCCCAGGACCAAGUGGGACCAAAACGUGAAGGACUUCGAGGUCGUCGAAGCUGUCAGUGAUACUGUCUCUGUAUGCAGAACCACAACCCCUUCAGCUUUCAUGAGGAUUAUUUCACCAAGAGAAUUUGUGGAUGUGGUACUAAUGAAGCAAUAUGAAGAUGGGACAAUGCUAUCUGCUGCCACCCAUGUGGAACACCCACAGUGUCCUCCUCAACCAAAUUUCGUGAGAGGUUUUAAUUAUCCCUGUGGCUGUUUCUGUAUACCUCUUGCAGGGGAGCCAGACAGGACCCAACUCCUCACUUUCUUUCAGACUGAUCUUGGUGGCUAUCUUCCCCAGACGGUGGUGGAUUCCUUCUUUCCAGCUAGCAUAGCUGGAUUUUACAGUAACCUGACCAAAGCAGUUAAGGCACUAAAAGCCUGACAAGACCGAUUGCUGACAUCACCAGCUGAGAGUAGGAAAACCUGGCAGCUUGAGGGUAGAAAUAGGAAGUUGGCCUACCAGCAAAGAUACUUAGGAGCUGUGAAAGGGGAACAAUGAAUUGAGUAAAGUAAAUUUUUAAAACAGCAUUUUCUACCCAUCUCUACGCAAAGCAAUGCAUUCUUCUCUAAUACAGUAUCCUUCUUUUUCAUAAUUAUAAAAACCAGAGGCUGGAAGAAUCUUGGAGGCAGCACUGGUGGCUGCCUGUGGAGAGAAGAUGCACAUACUGGAUCUGCUCUUGGCCACACUUUGUCAGUGUCUGUGAGGAGGAGCAUUGCUAAAAUCCACUUAGCACUACAGUGUUAGCCCAGUUCAGGUCAGCCCUGUUUUGUCUCUGAAGCUCCCUGUAAACUCCUGCGGAACGAUGUUCCCUCCCCAAAAGAAGAGAUGGCUCUUCUGCUGCCAGCACUCGUACAGCUGCUGAGGUGCGUCAGUGGGUCCAAGCCAGCAAAUGGUAAAAGCCAGAACAAAUUGGAUUGUGUGGAAGAUCCUACUUGUUUGUUCCACCAGACUUCAGUAGUAGUGGUAAAUAUGCCUUAAGUGCUUUUUUCUAAAUCAAAGCCUAGCAGUGCAAAUCAAUCCCUAGAUCUCUAGGUUGGCAAAUAGGAACUCCUUCUUUCUCCCCUCUGUACCAAAACCAGCAAUUUCCGUGAUGUCAUGAAACAAACUGCACUGACAUAGUGGCAAUAAAUAAAGAGGAUUAAGCACUUACUUGCCAUUUUUUAAACUGCACUUUCAAUGACCAUUUUUAACUUCACUUGAACGUUUUUUGAGCUCUUGUGGUGAGAGUUUUUAACGGGUAAAUAAUCUUUUCUGUAGCUUUGUCUUGACUGGACAGGCCAUAAGGACAUGGCUUUUUUUCUAAGACUGGUUUCCUUCACAGCACUGUCUUGUGAAAUCAGCCUCUGAUCUUUUGUGCAGUGAUGUGUCUAGCUUUAGAAAAUAUUUAUGGUGCUGGUUACUGCAGGAAUGUCAGACAUCACUGUGGAUUACAUAUACUUACAAAAGGAAAGCUCAUUGCUGAAUUAGGAAUUUAAAUGCAGAUUGUGAUUUUAAUGUUGUAACUCAAUUAUUUAACAAGGUUAAUAUGCUCUGCUUCUGUCCCUGUAUUUGUUUUAUAUUUAGUAUAGGGCAUGGACUUGCACACAAAGUUUCCCACUGUAAAUCUCACCCUACAGAGUUGACUUUUUUCAAGAUGACAAUUUUUAAUCUAGUCUCCUUUGUGUACAAAGAUGUAAAAGCUUGUAUGAGUGUGAUGAAAUAAAUAUUUUUCUUCUA